AUGGGUGAUAGUAACCCUAAUGAAUCACUAAAAAUAUUUUCAGAUGAAUUCAUCCGAGGAGAACUCAAAGUCAUUGUUGCUACAAUAGCAUUUGGGAUGGGAAUUGAUAAGCCGGAUGUUAGACGUGUUAUCCAUUACGGCAUUCCAGCUUCUUUGGAGGCAUAUUACCAAGAAAUCGGCAGAGCUGGACGAGAUGGGAAACCUUCCGACUGCAUCGCUUUCUUCAACGAGCAAGAUAAGUUCAUCGCUGAGCAUUUCAUCAAAAUGGCGACCUCAUCCAAGCGAAAGGAUCAGCUAAUGAAAGGUCUUCAAGAUGUCCUCGAAUAUUUUGGUACUACUGGGUGCAAGCGAGAGUUUAUCCUAAGUUACUUCGGCGAGGAGAUCGAUCGGUCAAGAACUGAUUUUAUGGAUUGCUGCCAUAUUUGUCGUAAACGAGUGAAAAACAAAAAGGACGAUUCAAGUGUUUCAAGCUCAUCUAUAUCGACCAUGGCAUUGAAAGAGCUCUAUUACUGCAACUUCACCUACGAAGCUGAGAUCUUCCUGCAGUGCUUAGUAACGAUGGGGGAUCGAGUUGGAAUCGGGAAGGUCAUCAAAAUGAUUCGCGGCUCAAAUGAUAAAACACUGAGCAAGCGGUGCAAGAUGAGCAAGUACCACGGAAAAGGAAAAGAUAAGAAACCCGACUUUUGGAAAGGAAUCGCGGCUGGGCUUGACAAGGAACAAUUUACUGUGCGAGUACCGAUGGAGACGAAGAUGGUUGGGAAAAUUCAAUUCAAAUACGAAGUCGUCGGUAUCACUCAAGCAGGAAGGGCUUGGCUAUAUUCGGGAGCAAACAAAACGAUGAGUCUUCCAUGCUAUCCUGGAAUGGACGUUCCAAUGAAGAAAAUAAAUCUUUCGAAACUAGAGAAAGAAGCAAAGAAGAAAGGCGUCGUUGCCCCAUGCAGGCCAUUUUACACACUAGAAACUCUCCGUGAUAUGAUGAGCAAUAACUUCAACGUGGAAGAACCGCUCCGAAUGAACCACGACGUAAGAGCAGUUUACGAGUGCCACAUGAAGGAAACUGACUUGACAGUCGUAGCUGGAAAGAUGGACACAUCUCGAGAUGAUGUUCUGGCGAAAUUAGCUCAAAGCGUUGCAAGAGGUAAUAGUCUCAACUGGGGCCAAAUCUUCCUCUCGCACGACAACGUUGUAAUGCUGGACGAGGAAAUUCAGCGACUCGGGAGGAUUCACAUGGAUUAUCUCAAAGCAUUUUCAUAUAAUAAAUCUGACCAAUGCGCAUGGAUAGUCGCAAUAGGACUGAUACUUCUUCGAUAUUUCGGAAGGCAUAUACCUUCCAAUCUCUUCUCCGAGCUGAAAUCGGUUCUGUAA